AUGCAAGAUUGGCUGCACGGAGACCAGCUAACCAUGGACCCAACAGAAUGGGGAUGGAGAAAGGAAGGCGACAUACUGGUCCCUGUAGAAAUGACACAAAAACCUGCGCCCAAGAAUAAUAUGGAACUAAUAUUCUGUGGAUGCGCAGAGGAUUGUAAGCUGUUGUCCUCUAGUUGCAGGAAGCAUGGCCUCCCUUGCAGUCUUGCCUGUAAAAUUUGUGUAGGCUCAACUUGCAACAACACUGAAAGAUAUUCAGUUGCAAACGUUAUUGCGGCAGAGAGAGAGGCCUUAGAUGAGGAAGAUGUUUUACUUAUGAAUACGUCAGUCAAUGACGAAGAAAAUGAACAGACUAGCGAUGUGUUACUUGAUGAAGAAUUUAAUAUUUAG